CAGAGUUCGAUUAAGGUAGAAGUCCAUGUGCUGCCUGUAAACAAACGUCUCACAGGAGGAGGUAGAGGUAUGCAAUAAACUGGAUUUCCAUUGAGGCGUUUUUACCGUUAUGAAACAUGCGGCUCUUCCUCCAUGUGAUACUGGGGCUGCUGUGGCUGACACCGUCUGCAGGGGCCUGUCCCGACUCCUGUAAAUGCUCCAGGAAGUCUGGUCCCGAAAGGUCCGAGGUCAACUGUCACAAAAGAGGCCUCCUCACUUUCCCCUCCAACCUGCCCCCCGAUACCUGGAACCUCAAACUGGGUGAGAAUGGCAUCACAGACCUGAAGGCUGCUCUUCUGAAAACAGUUCCCAAAAUUGAAAGUUUAAAUUUGGAGCGAAAUGCCAUCAAAUUCAUCCAUCCUCAGGCUUUCACUGGCGCAAAGCAACUGAUGCUGUUAAAACUGUACGGCAACCACAUCAGCACACUCCCCCCGCGAGCACUCCAGGAACUGCGUAACCUUCGCUUCCUGAUGUUGGGCCAGAACGAGAUCGGGGCACUGAGGCCGGACAUGUUCGUGGGGCUGAGAAACCUGUCAGAGCUGGACCUCCCUCUGAACGGGCUCUCAAAGCUGACGCCAAACGCCUUCAAACCACUCAUCGUGCUCAAAGUCCUGGAUCUGUCCAUGAACCGAAUCACCACCAUCUCUCCAAAGGCCUUCACUGGACUCAGGCAGCUGCUCUUCCUCAACCUGGACAAUAACAGCAUUAAGACUCUUCCUGCUGGAGUGUUCAAACCUCUGCGCGCUCUGGAGAUGCUGGUCUUGGACAAUAACCUCCUGACCACACUGGAGACCACAGUUUUGGAUGGACUCGUCAAUCUCCAGGAGCUGUACUUGAGGAACAAUGAGCUGGAGAGUCUUCCUCCGGGCAUAUUCAGGGGCACAACUCUGCUCUCUCAGCUGGCCCUCAGCGGGAACAAACUCAAGAGUCUGGAUGGGAAUCUCUUUGCCCCCGUGACAGGCAUGAAGAAGCUCCACCUCCACGACAACCCGUGGCACUGUGACUGUAACAUCCGCUCCCUGGUGCAGUAUUUGAGCCAAACCCAGAGCUCUGUGUCCCCCUCUCUGCGCUGUGUGAGUCCUCAGCAGCUCCAUGGAAAGACCAUGAGCAGUCUGAAAGAGGAUCAGACCGUUUGUCCUGCCUGAAAAUAAACAACUCCACAAAGUAUGACUCUUUUACAUUUACGCGGCAAUGUUUUGUGCUUAUACUCGCAAGA